AUGCUCCGUCUGGGAUUCUGGGUGGCUACCCUGCUCUGCAUUUUUGCCCCCAGCAGUGUCUGGAGCGACUGCUGGCUGAUCGAAGGAGACAAAGGUUACGUCUGGCUGGCUAUCUGCAGCCAGAACCAGCCUCCGUACGAGACCAUCCCCCAGCACAUCAACAGCACUGUGCACGACCUGCGGCUGAAUGAGAACAAGCUCAAAGUGGUGCUCUACUCCUCCCUCAACCGCUUUGGUAACUUGACGGACCUCAACCUGACGAAGAACGAGAUCUCCUACAUCGAGGAUGGAGCCUUCAUGGGGCAGUCCAACCUGCAGGUGCUGCAGCUGGGCUACAACAAGCUCACCAACCUGACGGAGAGCAUGCUGCGCGGCAUGGGCCGUCUCCAGUUCCUCUUUGUGCAGCACAACCUGAUCGAGGUGGUCACCCCCACUGCCUUCAAUGAAUGCCCCAGCCUCAUCAGCAUCGACCUGUCCUCCAAUCGCCUCAGCCGCCUGGAGGGAAGCACCUUCACCAGCCUCAGCAACUUGAUGGUGUGUGAACUGGCUGGGAACCCCUUCAACUGCGACUGCAACCUCUACGGUUUCCUCAUGUGGCUGGUGGCCUUCAACAAUGUUACCAAAAACUACGACCGCCUGCAGUGUGAGACUCCCCGGGAGUUUGCCGGCUACCCACUUCUCAUGCCUCGGCCACACCACAGCCGCAAUGCCAUCACCAUCUUCAAGUCAAUGUGUGGGGAUGGCAAUUACCCCUUGAUCUCCAGGAUCAACCCCACACCUUACAUCCCAGAUUCUCAGAGGGAGGAGGACAAUGCUGAGAACUCAGGCAUCAGCCCAGACUUCCUCUCAGUAGAGCCUCCAGCGUCUUCCACCACAGAUUCCUCCUACAUCCCCAGCAUCAAGCUGCAGCAGGUGACUAUCACCUCAGCUGCCUUGGUGGUGACCAUCCCAUUCCCCUUCAGCAAGAUGUACGUGCUGGUCCAGUACAAUAACAGCUACAUCUCUGAUGUAAUGACCCUGAAGAAGAAGAAGGAAGUUGUCACUCUCACCCACCUGAAGGCUCACACAGACUAUACCUUUUGUGUGGCUUCCAUACGCAACUCCAAGCGCUAUAACCACACCUGCCUCUCCUUUGCCACCAGGAGCAAAGGGAGAGAGGAACCCAUGGCCAACACAUCCACCACUACCCAUUACAUCAUGACUAUCUUAGGUUGUCUUUUUGGAAUGGUUAUUAUCCUUGGCAUCGUUUAUUAUUGCCUGAGGAAGCGUAGGAUGCAAGAGGAGAAGCAAAAGUCCCUCAAUGUCAAGAAAACGAUUUUGGAGAUGCGUUAUGGCUCAGAUAUUGAUACCAGCUCAAUCGUACAUCCGUCACAGAAGUUGGGGGAGCCGCCUGUCAUCCCUGUCUCACGGAUGUCCUCUCUUCCAUCAAUGAUUGGGGAGAAGAUGCCCUCAUCCAAAUCCAUGGAGGCUGGCAUGGAUACUCCCAAGGUCACCACCAAGGGCAAUUACAUUGAGGUUCGGACAGGUGGCGGGGAUGGGCUGGACAGGUCACAGCGGGAUGAUGACCUGCAUGAACUGGACAAUGGCCAAGGUUCAGCCGCCGAAAUCUCAACAAUUGCCAAGGAAGUGGACAAGGUGAACCAGAUAAUCAACAAUUGCAUUGAUGCCCUCAAGCUGGACACAGCCUCUUUCUUGGGGGGAGGGGGUGGUGUUGACUCUGACAUGGCUUUUGAAUGCCAGUCCAUACCAGCCGGUUCCUCUGUUGGGCUGGAGAGGCCAAGCUUCCUCUCACCACCCUACAAGGAGAGCUCCCACCAUCCCCUGCAGCGUCAGCUCAGUGCAGAUGCUGCGGUGACCAGGAAAACCUGCAGCGUCUCCUCCAGCGGCUCCAUCAAGAGUGCCAAGGUCUUCAGCCUUGACGUACCUGACCACCCACCUUUGAGUAAGGCAGACUCCAAGUACAUUGAGAAAGGAAGCCCACUCAACAGCCCCUUGGAUCGUCUUCCCCUCGUGUCCCCAGGUGCCAUCCACCACCUGGAGGUGAAACCAUCCUACCACUGCAGUGAACACCGGCAUUCCUUCCCAGCUCUCUACUAUGAGGAGAGCGGCGAUACCUUAAGUCAGAGGGUGUCCUUCCUUAAGCCGCUCUCCCGGUCCAAGCGGGACUCCACAUAUUCUCAGCUCUCGCCUAGACAUUACUUCUCGGGCUAUUCCUCCAGCCCAGAGUACUCCUCAGAGAGCACCCAUAAGAUCUGGGAGCGUUUCCGGCCUUACAAGAAGCACCACCGGGAGGAGGUUUACAUGGCGGCCGGCCACGCCCUGCGGAAGAAGGUCCAGUUUGCCAAGGACGAAGACCUGCACGAUAUCUUGGAUUACUGGAAAGGUGUCUCUGCUCAGCAGAAGUUGUGA